AUGGCUCAAUCGUCUGCGGAAAUCCCAAGUGUGGAGCUGAAUGACGGCGUUAAAAUUCCGAUUCUUGGGUAUGGUACUGGCACUGCCUGGUUCAAAGAACGCGGGGCGACAGGCAUUGAUCGAGACUUAGUUGAGUCGAUCAAAACUGCAAUCAAGCUAGGAUAUCACCACUUGGAUGGCGCGGAAGUCUAUGGUACCGAACCAGAGAUAGGACUGGCCAUCAAAGAGAGUGGCAUCCCACGGGAGCAAUUUUUUGUGACAACCAAGGUGAUCACGAAUAUUGCGGACAUCCCCAGAGCGAUAGAUGCAAGCUUGGAGAAACUCCAACUCAGCUAUGUGGACCUAUAUCUGAUCCAUUCCCCAUUCUUCGCCAAAUCGGACAAUGAGUUGCAAGAAGCCUGGGCUGCCAUGGAGAAGGUCAAGGCCGCUGGGAAGGCUAGGUCUAUUGGUGUCUCCAAUUUCCUGCAAAGUCAUCUAGAGGCAAUACUCAAAUCUGCCAAGGUCACUCCGUCGAUCAACCAGAUUGAGUACCACCCAUAUCUACAGCAUGGUGGCCUUGUUCCGUUCCAGGGAGAAAAGGGAAUCAAGACAGCGAGCUACGGGCCUCUUACGCCCAUUACUCGAGCAAAAGAUGGACCCCUCGGGGAGCUACUGCAAAGUCUCGCCUACAAAUAUGGAGUUAGUGAAGGCGAGAUCCUACUGAGGUGGUCCAUAGACCGGGGGCAUAUUUCAAUUACGACAAGCAGCAAGGAGUCUCGUCUCAGCAGCUAUUUGCGUGCGUUGUUCUUCCGACUGACGCCCAAAGAAUUAGACGAAAUUUCCGCUAUCGGACGUCAAAAGCAUUACCGAGCAUUUUGGAGGGAUCAAUUCGCGAAUGAUGAUCGUUCUUGA